UUACGUUUUUCUGUAAGUUGUAGCCAGUCUCCUUAUGAAAAUUAACCAUGGUUUUUCAACAACAACAACAACAACAACAAAAACCCAGGGUUUUUGUACUUCCAUGGUAACCACAAAAUAAUAAUAGUUGUGGUAAACUAACCAUAGUUUAACCGUGUUAUUUGUAGUAAAACUGGUUAUACAAAUGGUAAUCAGUCCGGUAAAAAACACACACACACAAAAAAACAUUAAUUAAUGUUUAUAAACUUUCUUUUCAAGGAGGUUAAUUUUAGUACUGAUCCAAUCUUAAUUAACCAAUUAAUUAGUCUGUGUGUGUAUAUAUUAUUCAAAUAAAUAUCUUUCCACAAUUAUACUGAGUGAAUAUAAAGAAUAAAAAGAUCAUGCGAACGAAAGUAUAAACCUUUUCAAAUUAAUAUACUUUGUUUGUAUCAGACUGGCUCCCAUAAAAUUUCAAAAUAUGUACAUCAUCAAAAGAGUACAUCACAAUAUAAAAGGUAUUUGACACGAAACACCUGCGAUCAGGACAGGUAUCUGAAGUUAUAACAGUAUGAAUGUAAUCUGACACGAAACACCUGCGAUCAGGACAGGUAUCUUAAGUUACUGUGUAUAUAAAAGGUAUUUGACAUGAAACCCCUGCGAUCAGAAGAGGUAUUUGAAGUAAAUGGCUUUUCCCAAACCGCGCAUGAUCGGUGACCUAUGCAGAUUCUCAAAGAGGCCACGCCUGCCUGAUGACACAUUUCGAUUACGCUAUUCUGAAACCCCUGGAAAAAAGUGAAUCCCUUUUUCAGUAUAAGAAAAUACGGGGUACGCAACCGUACGGUUGACGCUAAAGUUUCGCACGUGACGUUUUUGUGCAUGCGCGGUGGAUUGAAUCGUGCCGUAAACCGUUAACGUAUGCGUGGUACAGGUCGGGCGGCAUCAUGGCUACCUGAUCCGCGUCCCCUGUCCAGUAUGUACCACGCAUGCGCCGGGCACAGGCCCUUGCAGAUGAGAAGACUACUUCAACUAUAGUUGAAGAUUAGAAAUUUCAAAAUGAGGGUCGUUUUCUUUGGCUUUUACUGGUUGGAGUUUGGGAAUUACAAGUUGCGCCCUUGAGUCGAACGCAUCGCGAAUGUAGCGUUUUACUGGAGAGUGAGGGUGGGAUUUGUAGUUUCAGGUUACGAAAGCGCUAAUUAUUCUGAGCCAAUCAUAAGCCCGGUCCUCUUGCCGCUGACCAAUGAGACAUGUAGUAGAUUUUUAAAAAAAAUUUCCCCACUGCGAAAAACAGUGCAGUUUACGAGGAUUCAGUGCUUGUCAGGUGAAUACCACCAGGAUAGUUAAAUACUUUUAUAGAGAACCCGUGUCGAAUUUGGGAAAUAACUAACUGUGGUCGGACCAGCUGAAAUGGCAAAAGGCAAGAAGAAAACACGGACCAUCGAGAUAAGACUCGAAGAACCACACAAGAACAAGGUCGAAAAAGAAACUAAAGAAAACAAACAGGAUUUGAAAACGACUCGCCAAGAGCAGUUAACAAUAUAUUCUGAUAUUCUUCGUUCUCAACCUCGCAACAGCCCCCUUUUUCCUAUUCAAGAGGAAAGUUCAUCCUGCAGCACCCACAAUGCAAGCAGACACCAAGUAAGACUUGCAGUCAACUUGCAUUCACCUAAAGAAGAAAAUAAAGGGACACAGCUCAUGUCUUUUGGACCUAAAGAGAAGCAACCCCAUGAAGACAAAAGCUCUGCUACAGUCCUUCCAAACAAAUCUGAACUUGAGACUCGUGCUAAGGCCAAAGUCCCACACAAAAAAGCAGAAGGCAAAACCUCUCAACAAACCCGAAAGGUCACUGAUUAUUAUCCAAUUAGAAGGAGCGCUAGAAAAAGUAAAGCUGAACUGAAGAGUGAAGAGCAAAGUCAUAUUGAUGACCUAAUCUUAAACAAUGUGGAAGAUGGACUCAAGGUUAAGUAUAUUGAAGGAAAAGGACGGGGGGUUUUUGCAGACAGAGAAUUUAAUAAAGGUCAAUUUAUUGUGGAGUAUCAUGGGGAUUUGCUUCCAAUUGCUGAUGCCAAGAGAAAAGAAGCACAGUAUGCUCAAGACCCUGCAAAAGGCUGCUACAUGUACUACUUCCGCUACAAGAACCACACUUACUGUGUGGAUGCCACUAAAGAAACCAACCGUCUAGGGAGGCUGAUCAACCACAGCAAAAAUGGAAACUGCCAGACGAGACUGCAUAACAUAAAUGGUGUACCUCAUCUCAUUUUGGUGGCAUCCAGAGACAUUAAAGCAGAAGAAGAACUACUUUAUGACUAUGGCGACCGCAGUAAAGAAGCCAUUGCUGCUCAUCCUUGGCUUAAGUACUGACCUCGUAUUUCAUCAUUGUUUUCCCUACUUCAGAUAUGAGGAAUCUGGGAGAAAGAAAGCUUUAGUCAUAUAAAUUGAGGCCUUUGUUGCCAUGUUAAAUUCUGGAAUCACUAUUCCCAAUUGUGCCUUGACCUAUUCUUCUAUUUCUGCUUAAUCAGGCCAGUGAGUGGUUUCUGAGCUGUAAGACUUGUGAGAUUCAGUAUGGUUUACCAGGCUAAAGUAAAGAUACUUAAAUUCUUAUGCGAGAAUUUAGCGCAGUUGGUCUGACAGGGUUAUUAUUGUGACAUUUUAAAGUCUUUAAAAAUAGACUAUUCAGAUUUUUUUUAUUUUUUUAUUUUUUUUAUUUAUUUAUUUAUUUUUUUUAAACCAUUUCAGUGCAAGUAAGAUUUUCAUUCAAGAUUUUCAUAGUAUAUUUUAUCAUACUAUAUUAUCAUACUAAGUAACAGUAUCCUUAUGUUUUGGUUCUACACAGUUUUGUGAGACAUUUAUUCCGUGUAUGAAUGUACGGAGCAAUGUUUUAGCUCAGGAUGUUUUUUUUUUUUUUUUUUUUCCCUGGAAUGUGUUGUGGUACAGCUGAAUGAAUAAAGAACAAUUUAUUCCUUAGAUGUUGUAUUGUUCCACAAAAGCACAUAAUCCAGCUGACCACUCGAAGGAAUAAAACCUGGUUGAAAGUCA